UUUUCUGUAAUAUUGAUCACUCAUUCAACGGUCUAUAGGAUUUCACUAGCGACCAUAUACAAUAGAUCAGUAGAGCCUGUGAAUAGAAAUAGCAUUGUUAAUCAUUUGCAAUGAUUUUAUACACAUCAAGAAGAGAUUACCAGUAGAACACGAGCGUGACGAAUAUUGGUGUUCAAAUGGUUCAAAUUUCAGUAUAUCACGAUGAACGAUAGCUUCAGCUAUGUUCGAAUUGGAAAGCAUUGUAUUUCUCAGUUUCUGGGCCGAAGACUAGCUUUGUAAAAUAUCAAAGAUAAUAGAUCCAAAGCAUCGUUCGUUGAUUGAAAUAGAAGAAGGAUUAUCACAGACUAUUUGACACCCACAAAAGACAAGUACUGGGGAGCGCCAGAAUUUGUUGCGCAUAAGCCAUAAGCAUAAGUGGAUAUAUAAAAUGGCUGAAAAUGGGAUCGGGGCUGAUAUUGGCUCGCAAGAAUAUCUCGCUACUGAGGCAAUUAAUUUGGACAUCGAAGAGUUAGAUGACGCAGAAUAUGCGAUACCAGCGGUGGAGGAACCACCCUCCUUAGAGAGUAUAUUGACCGAGCCUGAUUGUGCUUCAUUAUCUGGGACAGAGGAUGAAUUUGGACCACAAAUAAACAAAUUAGGAGGUAGCGAGACAGCAAGUGUUGGAAGUCUAUUGUCUCUGAAUUCCAUCAGUCGGUCUUUCAGACCAAAUCAGACACCGUCAUCAAGUGCUAUCUUGAGACAUGUUAUACUGAAAGGAAUAUCCUCACAAAUUUUAUCUGCCAGUGAAAGAGUUAACGCUGGGCUAGCGAGUGCAGUGGCAGCAGGAGGCGAUAUGUUCGUGAUAGGGACAAGCCAUGGACUGAUUUUGGGUUUUGAUUCCACCCAAACUCUGCGCUGGUGUGAUCAAGAAGCAAGGCAUCAGGGUUCCGUAUCUGCUUUAUGCUUUAAUUAUGAUGGAAGCAGACUGUUGGCAGGAUUUGCUAGGGGGCACAUACUUAUGGUAGAAAGUGUGAGUGGCAAAGUUUUGAGAACACUCACGGAGGUACAUCCACCUGGGACUGCUGUACUGCAUGUCAAGUUUACAGAUUCUCCUAAAUUGGCCUUGUGCAGUGACAGUGGUGGUUCUGUGUUCGAACUGAGUUUUACUCGAGUUAUGGGAGUCAGAGGCUGUGACAGUAAGUGUCUCUUCAGUGGUUCAAGGGGAGAAGUUUGUACAUUAGAGCCCCUACUGCUCAACCAACUUCCAAACCAUCCACUAAAGAACUAUACAUUGGUUGCGAUGGCAACUCUAUCAAAGGUUAUUGUUGUUUGUAUCAGGCCACGAAUGCGCGUGGUGCUUACUCAUGCCCUAAGUGGAGCGUCCGUUGCUCCGCCACAAGUAUCCUGGCAAUUAGUUGUGAUACAAGCAGCAGAUUCAACCCGUGUUAUAGAUCCUGUUUUAGCCUUGGCUCGGGACGAUGUUGUGCACUUUUAUCAGGUCUGUUCAGAAGGAAAUUCCAGGGUUCGUUUGUCGCCAUUGCAGCGUGUCACAUUGUCGUAUACAGUGAGCAAUUUGAGGUGGUUAAAUGCGAGGUCUUUGGCACUGCUUGACACACAGGAGAAGUUGCACCUACUCGACGUCCGAUCGCAGGAUGAAUUGGAAACCUUAGACUUGAGCAAAGUCGGAAUAUCGUAUGCAUCUAGCCAUUUCAAGGGACUUUCCACUGGUGGCAAUGUCUCAAAGGCGAUGGCUUUGGCGGGUGAAAGAGCUUGUUAUAACACAGUCAUUGCUUUUGGAAGCCAAUUGUUGUUGCUAGGGACAAAAAGUCUUCACGCUGUCUGCAUUAGGACGUGGACGGAACGCUUGCGUCAUUUAACGCUACAAAGGCGUUUCCCAGAAGCUCUAGCCUUGGGACUUUCCUUCUACCAAGACAAAGGGAAAGCUGUUGUAGGAUUGCGGGGCUCCAAGCAACGCCGUAAACAGAUUGCCCGUGAUAAGGUCUGUGAGGUUUUAAUCCAGUAUAUGGACGAUCUAAAUCAUUGUCCUUUGGAGGAUUGUGCAGCUUCUGAAGUUGCCUCGACAUGUGUAGACUACUGUAUACAACUAGAAAAUACAGAGCUCCUCUUCGGUAGACUCUGGGAGCUAGUUUGCGAGACGGACGGACUCCGUGGAAGUUAUUUGCGGGCACUUGAAAGCCCACUUUUAAACGGAAGUUUACGAUCACGUCUUCCCCCACUUAUUGCUCAGCAAUUGGUUACUUUGUUUGAACAAGAAGAUAGGAUGGACUCGCUACAAGCCAUUAUCGUACUACUCGAUGUCGAUUGCUUAGACAUUCAUCAAGUGACAAAGGUGUGCCGUCAGAGAGGUUUGUGGGAGGCCUUGAUUCACCUCCAGACAUCUGCCCUAGGUGAUUUUAUAGCUCCCAUUCACCAACUGUUGCCUGUACUACAAUCAGCGUUAGUGGAGAGCAAAAUGCAAAAGCUAUCCUCUGAAAACAUAAGAUUAGGAAAUGCCAUUUUAGUAUAUGCAAGCUGCUGUCUGGCUGGGCGUGGAUUUCCUAGAGGCGAUCUAGCAGAUGGCCUCCCUCAAAGAGCUAAAGCAGAUGUUCUCCGAGCUCUUUUAUCUCAGCAUUCAAGCUUAGCCAGUGAUGUUGAGAGACAAUAUCCUUACAUAAGAACUCUCCUCAAAUUUGAUGCUCGAGGUUUUUUAGACGUCAUUGCAAUCGCUUUCCAAGAGCCAGAAUUCACCUCAGAAAUGGGGCUACGGCAGCGCCAGAGAUUGAUUGAUAUUCUUCUGAAUAUCGUUAUGCCAACGACACCCGUUAGUCCCGAUAAUGCUGACUAUUUAACCGAUGAACAGAGAGCUGUAGUUCUGAAUUUUAUAGCUAAUGAAGUGGCAGAGAGCACUGUUACUCUGGACUCAAGUUUUUUAAAUAGAUUAGUGGAAAUGCUGUCUAGUAGUAAUAUCAGCGGCACAAAUACGUUGAGGGACCAUAAAACUGAAAAGGAAAACGCGAUCUUACAGCUAUUGCACUCUAAGAAGUUGACAAAUAUGUCUGACAACAAUUUACUCAACCUAGCACAUCGUGCUAACUUUCUGAGAGUAGCUGAAAUUAUUCAUAGUGGCCAAGAAGAUUGGAUUUCAGUCUGUCGAUGUAUGCUACGAGAUCCAUCUCGAAAAUAUGAAGUUUGGGAAUGGCUGGAUCGUUUGCCUUUGGAGUCUUUGCAAUCAGUUGUUUUAGCACAUGCUGCAGAGCUAGUGACUCUAGAUGCACAGCGAGUGGCAAUGCUCAUAGCGAAUCAAAUGCCAAAGAACUUGAAUAAUAUUCUUCAGAAAAUAAAUGGUGAUCCAAAUUUGGAAUAUGCUUUGCUUGGAGCUUUGUAUCAGGCGAUUCAGUGUAAAGAGGAAGAAAUCAAAAUAGAAUUAAACGCAGAAAUGCUCGAAAAAUAUUUGACGCUGAUGUGUAUGUUACAACCUGAACAAGUUGUUCAACAUCUUCAUGGGUCACAUGGUUGUCGAUUGGAUGAGGCUCUAAAGAUAGUUAAAAAUGAGAAUCAUACAAAAGCAACAGCUGUUAUGCUCGAAAAAUUAGGAAACUAUCAAGAGGCAUUUGAUUUACUAUUAAGUGAUUUACACAGCCUCUUUGAAAGGCAUUGUCGUGAUGAAAUAACAGAAAACGAAGCUGCUAAAGCUACUUCAGAAUUAGCCGCUUUGUGCAGGAGGGCAGCUGGUAAUCUAGACUGGAUGCCCUUGGUAGAAACAGUUUUACAUCCAUACACGGAAAACAACAACCAAAAAGUUGAAUCGCUAAGAGGAAAAUUACUUCGAAUAGUAUUAGAGUCACUGAGUGGGACAACAGCUCUCUCUAUGGUGUUGGAACAAAUUUUGAAACAUCCAUUAGCUACCAGUGGCACGAUUGGUGAUAUCAGAGAACUUUUGACCGGCGUCUUGACGCAUUCUCGCUAUGAACAAACAUUAGUUGAAGCAACAGCUAGGCUGGUCAGUCUGGAACUACACGAGGCACUGAAAAAGGCCCUUAGGGAUGCUGGUAAGGCGUAUCAAAAUGGGUGUACUUAUUGCCCAGUUUGUCGGCAGCCACUUUCGAAAUGCAGUGAUUACGUGGUGGUCUUUAGGUGUGGACAUGGUUAUCACGUUUCUUGUUUAGGGAAUGCUGGAGUGUGCUAUAAAUGUUUAAGGCUAAAAGGUUGGGCACCCGCAGCAACAGAUACACCUCCAAUCCAAAAUAGACUUCCGGAAAGAAGGACAAUUCUGCCACCCAGUUUUAUGCGUGAGAGAGAUUUAACCCUACGGCUGGCUCCACAAACUCCUUUUCCAGAUCUUGAAGGCAUAUUUUGAGCUAGUCUACCAAUUUGAGUAUUUUUUUUUCAAGUCUACGAAAUGAAUGAAUUAAUUAAACUUCGAGAAGAUUGAGUACCGCCUUACUAAUCAGCGAGUUUUUUGUUGCGUUACAUCAAUCAUGAAAAUUUUUGUCCUAUCACCAGCACCAAUCAGAAAAAUUGCAUCUGAUGUGAAUCAUGGAUAGCAUUCCAAUUGCCCUUACGAGAUUUAUGUGAAUAGAUAAUUUUUAUUCUUACCGUCAGUCUCUUGAAAUAGAAUUGCAGUCCGUAAAUCAUGUUAUAGUAUAAUUACGGCCAGUCGUAAUUUCAUGACUAAUGAAGGGUUGAUCAUGAAGUUCUCAAACACUAUGAUUUUAUGUACUUGUUCAUACGAUAGCAAACUGUUUAGUGGAAUGCAGUUAGUCCAGUUCAAUGCAUACUUGUAGGUACGUACACUUCAACAGUACAUAGCGAUAAUUUGUGCUGUGGUGAUAAUAGGUAUAUGAUCAGAGAGAUUUUUCUCAUAAACGAAAAUACCAUAUGAUUUCAAGUAGAAAAUGAAUUUGUAUCAAAUAUUGUGUAUUUAAAUAUAUAUAUACAUUUAUGAAUACAUUAUAUGUAUAUAUAUAUAUUCAUAUAUAUAUAUAUAUAUAUAUAUAUAUAUAUAUAUAUAUAUUGUAAAUUAUUGCAUUACAUAUAUUAUGUAUGAUACGUAUGAUAUGUAUUAUUACCAUUAUUAUCUAGUAAGAUGAAAAAUAUCACAAUACUGAAUUGUAAUUAGUCAAAUAAAUCUAUCGAAUAUU